AUGGCCAAUGAAGAGCAGAGAAGGGCCUUUGAGUCGUACAUGGGCCGCACUGGCGGCAGUGGCAGUGGCAGUGGCAGCAACGGACAAGACCAAAACCAAGGUCAGCCAAUUCCUCAGUACCCGGGUUCCUUCGCCCAGCCAGCCAACUCGUAUCUUUUCAGAGUGCUUGAAAUCGGACUGUCUUGUCCGGCCUUGGAAUACCUCCCGCGGCACCAACACCCCCACCGGCAGCCUCCUCUUCCGUCGCUUCGUUUCCAGGAUAUCAGGGAGGCUAUCCGCAGGCUGGAUGCGGCCAAGGCACCUACAGUCAGACCGGAAUCCCACAGCGCCCAGCGCCGCUUUUAG